AUGUUACAGUAUUGUGGUCGUCAUGUUUACAUGCAUACAUUCCACGAUCCGUUGGGGUCAAAGGUUGACCACAUGCAAAAGCAUGCAUAUGGAACGCGAGCAUCAAAGAGAGAGAUGACCGAAGGAGGAAGAGAGAGAAUGGCCCUGCCGUAUCUCGACAGCGAAGGCUGGGAGGAGAUGCAACAGUUCUGCCGUCUAUUCCUAAGCGUGGAGUCCCUGAACACGUUCGGGGAGCUCAUUGCCUCGAAUACUCGCGAGGACUCGGUGUUUCGAGCGAAGUUCGAGCGGCUGUCUGGCCUGGCCGUGUUUCUGAAGCGGUACUGCAGUGACGAAGAAAGGCAUGCGUUCUUCGGUAGCACACUGAAGUUUAUCGCCUCUUCUGCCAGCUCCUGA